ACGAUCCGCUCGCUAGUUGAAUCUAAUUUGUAUCUACAAAUUUCAGAAAGUUUCGAUUUGCGUAUAGGUGACCGUGUGGUAUGUAAAUUACUUUAUACUGCAGUUAGAUUUGGUAUGAUCAACUGACAUGUUUGAUUCCUACGUUUGACUUGUCAACACCGUUGGAUUAUUAUUAUUAAUAUUUGGGGCUAUAAUGUUUUAAAUUGAACAGUUGUACCGCCAUCAGAAACUUUUAGGCACCAGGAAGACAUAACUGAAAAAAAAGAUGGCAAUGAUAAGAGGAAGAAAAUUCCAGUCUAAGACAGACGAAGAAUUAGAAAUGGAAAAUAAAAUCAGACAUUUUAAAAACUUUGGAAACGAAAAGAACAAACCUGCAGCAAGUUUCAAGCAGCAACGCCGUUUAACAAUGAUAGAUGGAGACGACGAAAAACCAAUACCAACCAAUGAACCUAUACCAGAAGUAGACCCAUUUUAUGCGGAAAAAAACACCUUUUUAUUUCUGAACGAUCAAAAAGUGAUAUUUCGAUUCAGUGAUUCAAAAUCUCUUUUUUUGCUCGGCAAAGAUAACAUCAUCAGGAAAGCAUUUUUGAGGAUUCUCGUGCACAAUUGGUUUAAUUAUAUUGUCAUUGCAACAAUUCUUAUCAACUGUGCUGUAAUGAUGGUGAACGGAAAUAAUAAACCGGAAUGGUCAGAACUUUAUGUUGAAAACAUAUUCUUAUUCAUUUACACAACGGAGGCAGUGGUAAAAAUAGUUGGUCGUGGAUUCAUCCUCCAUAAAUUCAGCUAUCUACGUGAUCCAUGGAAUUGGCUGGACUUCGUUGUCAUUGUAUCAGGAUUUGUUCUUAUAAUUAUGGCUGAAAUUGAAACUACCGUAAGCUCGGAUGUCGGAAGUUUAACGUUCCUUCGCGCAAUCCGAGUUCUUCGGAUAUUUAAAACAGUUUCAGUGAUUCCAGGACUUCGCAUGAUAGUAUCAGCUUUAAUUGCGUCCACUAAAGCUCUGAAGGAUGCCAUGCUGUUGAGUCUUUUAGGGUUUUCCAUGUUUUCACUCGUCGGGAUUCAAGUCUUCCGAGGAACUCUCAGAGCCAAGUGUAUACUUCGUCCACCAUGGAUGCUAAAUUCGCAAUCAUUUACAUCUGACACAAAUUGGGAACUUUCAGGCCAGCAUGAAUCAUCCACAGAACUCGAUAACUCUUCAUCAUCAAUAUAUAGCAUGAAAUUUAAUUUAAAAUACAGGGAACAGGUUCUGGAAUUAUUUGGACGCCGAGCUUAUGAAGAAACGCUGUUUUUACUCAAUUCUUGGCUGAAUAAAUCACAAAAUUCAAAAAGCAGUGGAGGAGUUUUCGAAGGAAUGUACCAGAGUGAUGAUCUACUUUACCCAUCGCCGACAUAUACUACUGAAAUAUCCAGUCCUGGGAUCGGAUAUCCCAAUAGAAGUGUAUACAGUGGACUAGGUAGCGGAGUUAAUGAAGCAGCAGUAUACUCUGACUGGACGUACAGGACACCGCGAAAUGAAGAGUUUACUCAAAUGGGAUAUACGUUUGAUUGGAAUAGUUGGAUAAACAACGAUAGGCACCACGUCAUGAACGGAUUUGUACCACUUCUUUGUGGCAACUCCAGCACAGCACAAAAAUGUCCGGACGUUGCUAUAUGUACUAAAGCAGGAUCCAACCCCAAUUUUGGCUAUACAAGUUUCGACAACUUCCCAUACGCUUUCCUUUCUGUAUUCCGUCUGUCAUUACAGGAUAAUUGGGAAGAACUGUACUUGCAAGUUUUAGAAACUAGUGGUCAGCUGUCGGUGUUAUUCUUUCUUAUAAUGAUAUUGCUAGGAUCCUAUUACUUGGUCAAUUUGAUUCUUGCCGUUGUCGCCAGUUCUUAUGAAGAUCAAGCUAAAAGUGUACAGAUGGCUUUGGCGGAAGAAAAAAAAAUCAAAAUGAGAGAACGGGAAUAUCUUCGAAAACGAAGGAAUGCAAUGACUCAGGAAAAAAUUCGUCGAAGCUCAACAAGAGAAAGUAUUAGCAACUUCUGUGGGGAUUGCAAGGCAAUUUUUCUAGAGUGGAAAUGUUGCGUCGGUGAAAGUUUUUUAUGCGCUGCAAGAUCAAAACUGAAACGAAUAUUUGUGCACCCGAAUGCAGAGAUGGCUGUUGUCGGACUAGUAAUUCUCAACACUUUAUUCAUGGCAUUGGAAAAAGAACCAAAAGGACCAGAAUACGCGAAUUUUUUAACAAUGUCAAACAUUGUAUUCAAUUCGCUUUUUACAAUUGAGAUGGCGGGUAAAAUGUUGGCUCUCAGUCCUUAUCAUUAUUUUGCCGUAGCAUGGAAUACAUUUGAUUUUAUUGUUGUCACCCUCAGUUUAAUAGAAAUGGUGAUGUCUGACAAAUUACCUGAUGGUCUCGCGGUUUUGAGGACGUUUCGUCUCAUUCGUCUGGUACGAAUUCUCAAGCUUGCUCGUUCCUGGCCGACGUUGAGUAAGAUCAUGAGUAUGAUAGCAGAUUCACUCAGUAAACUCGGAUAUUUAACUCUUGUCCUGCUCAUUGUACUUAUUAUAUUCGCAUUGGCUGGAAUGCAGACAGUUGGAGUGCCGUUUUAUAUGAAUAGAUCGAGGGGAAUACCUUUGCGUUGGCAUAUGAACGAUUUCGUGCAUUCAUUUCUGAUUGUAUUUCGAAUUCAAUGCGGAGAAUGGAUACAAUCAAUGUGGAGUUGCAUGCAUUCUGUAUCAGAGGGAAAUCGUGAAGAAUUAGUUCCAUUUUGUCUUUUAAUAUUCCUCGGAGUCGUUUUUGUUGGGAAUUUAGUCGUAUUAAAUCUCUUCCUCGCUCUUCUUUUAAACUCGUUUAGCGGCGCAGACUUGAAUGGAGGAGGUAAAAGUGCCGGAGCACAGAAGUUUCUGAGAUCGUUAAGACGGGCUAGAGCGAUAGUCAGAAUUACCGGGCGUAAACGAAAGGUUCAUCCAAUUUCAGCCAAACCUGAGAACGCGACGGAGUUAACGAACACGAACGGCAUCGACAAAGUAAAUGAUACACCAGAAACUAAAAGUGAUACUUUUGCGAAUAUAUCGGAGACAUCAAAAACUGACCAACAAGAAUCAAACGGUAUUAAUGGCUACCACAUCCAACCUUCGGCCAUCCAAGAAAAUAUGUUAAAAUCAACAAACUUUUCAAAAUCCUGCAAUGGAAAGCAAGAAGCUAGUCAGUCGUCAUCGAACUUCCUCAAAGUUCCGUUACCGGAUUACACACUCAUUGACUCUGAGAUCCUCGAGCCUAAGAGUGUUUCUUUCUGUACGACGGAAAGUUCGGCUUCUAUCACUACCACAAGUGGUAAUGAUAUCAAUACUUCCGUAGACACCGAUAAACAGUCUCCGCCCUUGACGCCUUCUAUAUCUUCGUCUUCGACGCCCACAAACGAAGAGCAGCCCCCGGAUAACAGGAAUUGUCUUCAAAUUAAAAUGAACAAUGUGGUUCAACAUUGGAUUUUCGAAACUUUUAUAAUAUUUUGCAUCAUGUGCAGUAGUAUUGCUUUGGUAUUUGAAGACGUGAAUCUACCGAAGAAACCUUUGCUCAAGUCAGUGCUUGAAGUAUUCGACAAGAUAUUUAUGGUGAUAUUUUUUAUUGAAAUGAUUAUGAAAUGGAUUGGAUUUGGAUUCAAGAAAUAUUUCACUAACGGAUGGUGUAUAUUGGACUUUUUCAUUGUCAUGUUUUCAAUCGUAUCUUUAUCUUUGGAAAUAUAUGCAAUGAUGAGCGAAUCAAAUUCGACUGAUCUUUCAUCAUUGAGAGUUUUGAGAAGUUUACGAGCAUUUCGACCGUUGCGUGCAAUGUCCAGGUUCAAAGGAAUCAAGGUUGUUACAGACGCAUUGUUUCGUUCUAUUCCAUCGAUAUUAAACGUGUUCGUUAUAUGUCUGGUAUUCUGGUUGGUAUUUGCUAUUAUGGGCGUAAAUUUAUUUGCUGGGAAAAUGUCUGCGUGUAGAUGGAAGAAAACUGGCGAAAAAGUUUGGCACCCCGAAGAUUUCAAGAAUUGGAAAAAUUUGUCGGAUCAUUUUCAACGACCGCCAAUUGAUGUUUACAAUAAAUCUGAUUGUGAAAGGCUGGCCGAGUUAACAGGUGGAAAAGUACAUUGGAAGAAUUUAUAUGCAAACUUUGACAACGUUCCCGUCGCAUACGUGUCUCUCAUGCAGGUUGCAACUUUUAAAGGCUGGAUGCCAAUCAUGUACGCUGCUGUUGAUUUGCCUGUUAAAAUAGGGGAUCAGCCAAUUUACGAGAAUUCCGUGGAGAAUUAUUUCUUUUUUGUUGCAUUCAUUAUAUUUGGCGCGUUUUUUACUCUCAACCUUUUUAUAUCUGUCGUCAUCGAUAAUUUCAAUCAACAAAAGAGCAGAUUUGAAUUUAAAGGUGGAGAAUUGUUUCUAACGAGUUCUCAAAAGAAAGCCUACGAUAUGCUGAAAAAGUUGACUGCGCGUACUCCAAACAAAUUGAUACCCGUGCCAAAAAUGAGGUGGAGAAGAAAGCUACAUUUCAUUGUAACCGGGGACAAAUUUGAACUGACCAUAAUGGUGGCUACAUUGCUAAAUCUAGCUGUAUUGGCAUUGGAACAUGAUGAUAUAUCAACAGGCAUAUCUGAUGUGAUGGAAUAUUUGAACUAUGGUUUCCUUGGUAUAUUCACAAUUGAAAUAAUUCUUCGAAUAGUUGCGACCGGAUGCGAAUUUUUCCGAUCGCCUUGGAAUGUUUAUGAUUUUCUCGUUAUUGGAACUUCUCUUAUUGUUAACGUUGUAUCUCUGGUACGAGUUGCAUUCGACCAUCAUAGCUCUUUGAUCAAGUCACCAUGGCUCCCAAUGUUGAGGAUGAUACGUAUUGCCAGAAUCUUGAGAGUGGCUCGAGUUGCCAGCGGAAUUAGAACUCUACUAUUCGCCUUAGUUCUGUCUCUACCAGCACUUGUUAAUGUGGGAAGCCUGCUAUUUCUCUUCAUGUUUAUAUUUGCUAUAUUUGGAAUGAGUCAGUUUGGCCAUGUCGAACACAGAGGUGCAAUGACUGACAUUCUGAAUUUUGAAACGUUCCCGAAUGCUUUCAUGCUGCUAUUUCAGACAUCUACUUCUGCUGGUUGGGAUGGAUUUCUGGAACCUACGAUAUACGUGGAUGCAGAGUAUGAUGAUUGUAAACCCGAGACAGAGGGAAGUAAAGGAACAUGUAUGAAGACAUCAUUUAUUGGAUACAUUUACUUUAUAAGUUAUCUCAUCUUGACAUUCGUGAUCAUCACCAACAUGUACAUUGCAAUAAUCUUGGAAAAUUUCGAAGCAGCAAACAAAGACAGCGCAGAACCACUAACGGCAGAUGAUUUUGAACAUUAUUUCGAUGUAUGGCAAAAACAUGACGAAGAUGGUUCUGGGCAGCUUACUAUAGAACAACUGAGUAGUUUGUUGCAUACAAUUGAUCGACCUUUGAGAAUUCCAAAACCUAAUAUGGAGAAAAUUGCAGCUCUUGAAAUACCGAUGAAUGAAAAAAAUGAAAUGCAUAUAUUAGAUGUCGGUACUGCUCUAGUUAGAAACGUAUUGGGCCCUUGUCAUUUUACGGAGGAGAUGAAGAUAGAGGUUGAUUCGCAUUUUAGAAAGAAAGCCGCCAAACUCAUGAGAAAUUAUAGCAGGGAGAAAAGUAUGAAUUCAUUUGAAUACGCUAAAAACAAAAAGCUUGUUCGACAAGAUGCUGUAGAAAAACUGAUGGGCUCUCCUAAUACAAGACCAAGAAGUGAAUCAAACAACAGCAAUCGACAUGUACAUUCCGAUAUAUCAAUAGUGUUGCAUCCUGCUCACGAUGACGUCAAAACUGCCUCAGUUAUGCAAACUUCCAGCGUCAUAAAAGUAGAAUCUAAAACAAAGUCUAUGAAUGAAAAGCAGCCACCGUCAACAAAAAAUUCAAAUUGUAAUUCUUCAGCGAUAGAUGUUCCGAAAUGGACAUUUGCCAAAGUGACAUCGAUGUCGGGUGGCAAAGCAUUUGCGGAUAGCAAACACUCUGAUAACACGCUUAUUAAUCUUACAGAUAAUUCAGUUGUGCUGCGUCCAAAACACGAGAUUAUAAAAACUGCUUCUGUGAUUCGUUCGAUAGACAAAAAUAGUAACAUAACUGAAAAUAAUGGGGUAAACUAUAAUGCAAACUCGUCGGUAAUUUGUUUGCCAAUCCAAUCCUGGGAAAACGCAACUUCCUCUGGAAUUAAAAAGUUUACAUUUUUCUAUAAACUGAGAGAUAUGUUUUCAUCGAGAUCUAAGAGACAUCGAAUGGAUGAACAACCGGAAUGCAGCAGCAGCAACGUUCCCUUGUCACAUUUGAAAGUUGGAAAUGAGACUUCGAGUACAAAUUUAGGUUUUGUGGCAGAUGAAGAAAAGACAUUAAAUUGCUAUAAACACGCUAAUGAUGAGGGAUCGUAAUAUAUAUAUCUCAUCUAUGAAUUACUCGGAACGUAACAUCACGAAUGAAACUCUUUUACUUAUUUUUAUGUGCAUUUGAUACUUAUUUGAUUUGUCAUUUCUUAUUUUUACAUUAAAAUCAGCAGUAUUUUUAAACAUUUUGAUACACGUUGAGACCUAAGUUCCUGAUUUUUAGCAAAUCUAUUUAUUUAGAUUUUUAAGACAAGAAAAAUUUGUCUUGCCCUGCUGCCAUAUGGCAUAAAAUGGCGAUUCGAAAAUUGUUGGUUACAUGAAUCGAAUGAUGUAACGUUGUCCUCUAUUCAGUGUACCAUGUAAAGUGGAAAUAGACAGAGAUU